AUGCCAUCCCGUUGGCAUCCAGCACCAUUUAGCUCCUCUUCCACUCCCGGUUCUGCCGCGUCAUCCCGUCCAUCAUCUCGAGCAUCUUCUCCCACGCGUAAUGGCCCUGCAAGACCAUCACAUAUCAAUCUACCGGGAAGGAGAGGAACGAAUGACGCUGGUGAUCCGUUGACAGAUUACGUCUCAGGAUCAUAUGGUAGUCAUUCCGGUCUUGACACUCCCGGUUCAGCUUCAGGCCCAUCAUGGGGAGGACUUUUGACUCCUGGAUCGUCAGUUUCGGGCGCAAUGACACCAGGUGGAACUUAUGCUUCUCAUGCUCCCCACAUUGAGAUCAUAUUGGAUUCGGAUCACUUGGUUAUGAGGGGUGCUGGAGGAGAUAUGAACCCAGCCUAUCUUUCAGGAAGAGUGGAGCUUGAUUUACCGCAAUCAAUCAACAUCAAGGAAUUAACAAUGCACAUGACUGGUAAAGCGAAAGUUCAAUUCUCGGAUGGUACGGGUUCUAGCUCCAAAAGCCAUCACUUCACCCAUGUUAUCACCACCCAUGACUGGUCAUUCCUUCAAGGGGGAAAAGGUCACGCCCACACCCUCAAAGCAGGGCAUCACUCUUUCCCUUUCUCUUUCAUGCUGGACGGCAACCUUCCUUCAUCGCUCCGAACAUACGCAAGUGAUGCCUUGAUCGUCUACAAGCUUCGAGCAACAGGUGUUCGAACAGGAUUGUCAAGUAAUUUUUCCACUCAAAAGGAGUUCACCCUUGCUCGGAUGUACUCGUCAGACGCGUUAGAGUUCACUCAAACGUUGGAAAUUGAGAACACAUGGCCUGGCAAGGUGAUGUAUUCGUUGACGCUACCUUACAAAGCAUACGCUGCUGGUGACGAGAUACCCGUCAAUGUCAAAUUCAUGCCUCUAGCCAAGGGUACCAAGGUCACCAUGGUCACUUCAGUCUUGAAGGAAUACACGCUAGUACAUACAAGACACUCUUCACGUCCAGAAACAAGAGCGGUCAGUUGUGUCAAACAUGGGAUUCGUCAAGGUAGAGCAGUAGAAAUCGACAGGGAACCUAUCAGACCUCCUUCACAUUGGCAUGAUGCUUCCUCUGCUUCUCGAAGUGCGACGACCUCUCGACAACCCAGUCCUGCCCAGACUCCCAUAGUCGGCGCUCGCGGUAGACUUGCACCUUUGCCUGCUGUAUGGGGUGAAAGACCAUCGGACUCUUACUUCCCUGGUCCAUCCACAGAUGGUGAACCCAAUUCUCAAGCUGGACCAUCCAAUGGAAAUGGGUCAUUAAGCGAAUCAAUUUCGACAGAUGAAACGGAUAUCGAAAUUGGAGAUGAUGAAGUCAAUACUCAUUUCACUAUACCAAUCCCUAAAUGGGUCACACCAUCACAUGCUAUUCAUCCAGUAUUCGUCACACACAAAAUCAAAUGGUCUUGUUCGAUAUCCAAUCCAGAUGGACACGUAUCAGAACUUCGAUGUGCUUUACCAAUAUUGAUUCUUGAUCAUUCAUUGUUGGAAGAAGCUAGACAGGCAGGAGCUAGUACGAGAGGACUGUUAUUUGGACAAGCCACUGAAGAACCUCAAGUAGACUUGCCAAGUUACAGUAAUCACGUUUACGAUAGAAUCGCAAUUGCAGAUUCUGCAACUACUACAUCAGGUUUCGUGUCAAGAUCGGUCAAUGCCACUCCAUUACCUUCACCUCACGAUGACACUCCUCCAAGAAGCAGACCACCUUCAAGACCCAGUUCUCCUACAAGACUGCAAAGUUAUGGAGCCAAUUCAAAUUCGUCAAGAAGUGGUGAACCUACGCCGGCUACAGACGUUCCACCUAGAAGACAAUUGAGUCAAUGGGCAGACAGUGAAUUGUUGAUGUCAUUAGGGGCAUUGAGAACACAUUCAAACGAAACCUCACCAAACGCUACACCGCCUGAUUCUCGGGCGCCAAGCAGGCCAUUGAGUAGGAGAAACUCAUUCACCAGAUCAGGAAGAAGUAGUCGCACUGGCUCAAGAGCGAACAGUAGAGCAUCAUCACCUGAAAGAGGGAGUGAACCUUCCUCGACUUCAGGAAGUUAUGCCGAGGAUAGCCACGUUAGACCAGGUUCAGAAAGGAGAAAUACUGGUGGAUUAAGUGGUUUACUUCAUUUACCAAAAUCCAUGAAGCCGUUAUCAAACCUUCACAACAGUAAACCGAUCUUGAGGAAUACCGCAUUAUCUUCAACGCAUGAUCAGUCAUCGGAAAACUUACCAAGAAACGCUUCUUUCUCAGGUGGAUUAAGUAGUUCCCAUUCGUCAAUUUCCAAUGUUAGAGGCGGUGAACGUUCACAUGUCUCUUUCGCUCCCCAUGCUACUACCUUGAAUAAUAGACCAAGUUUCUCAAUCGGUGGAGAUCACACUCCGGAGGAAGUUCCAGAAGAAGUAGAUCCUUUGUCAAGAGUUCCUUCUUACGCAAUUGCAUCAAGAGGUUUCCUGGGUGGUGGAGUCGUUCCCUUGGAUGGGGCUUUGCCAACUUAUGAUGCGUCAGAAGACAUGCAAAGGACAAGAAGCGCAACAGAUCUAACCAGUGGCAAUGCACAGCUUAUAAGACCAAGGAGUGACACGGCCUUGGUUCAAUUAGGUGCUCAAGCUGCUGCCGAUGCAGAAGAAAGGGCGGCGGAAGAAAACGGUGGGAUAUAG